AUGUAGUAACCAAAUAUUGAAGAAAAAUAAGAAAUAAAUGCAGAUGGCAGUCCUAGUUUAUAAUCUCAAAAGAAUGAAUCAAACAAUAAAUACUUCACAACUAAAUGUAAAUGGAUAUCUUUCAGUGUUUCAUUCUUUGUGUUAGCAGGUAUUGGAAUCUUCUUAGGAAUAUAUCUGAGUCGAACCAAUAGUUCUGCUCCAACACUCAAAAAAUUUUAAAGAGAUGAAUUCGAAUAAGUUGAUGAAAUUUGUAUGUACCAUACAUCCGAAAGAUUUUCAAAUUGUACUUAAAUUCAAAUUAAAACAAAAAGAUUGGUUGAAGAUGUUAAUGAAAAAAAUGGCUCAAGUAUAGUGAUGCUGACAGACUUGAAAGUUCAAACCUUCACUUAGAAUUUUGAUGGAAUUAGAGAAUAUAACGAAAUGAUUGAUUAUUCUACAGAAAUAUAAUAAGAACUUUAGAAAUAAUUUAGGAUACUAUAAAAAAAUGAAUCAACAUAAAAUGAUUUAUGUGAAGGAAUUUCAAGAGAAGAAUGUGGGGAUAUUAAUUAGAUACCAUUAGUCACAGUAGUUACUGAUUCACAUACAGGAGCUAUUUAGUCUAUAGGAAUACCAACUGGAAUUUCAGAUCUAAUUCUUUAACCUUUAGUCUCUAAUAUUAUACAUAUUGCACCUAACUUAGCUGAAUCUAUCAAUAAUGAAGGAAUUGAUGGAACUAAUGGGAAUAGACUUUUAGAAGAAGAUAUUUACUAUAUUGGUAAUUAAGCAUUUACUCCUAAGACAAUUAAAACAAAAUCAUGGUUUGGUAGUACUGUAAUAAAAAAGUCAAUAGCUUAAUCUGAUUAAAUUGAUGGUAAUUCAAAAGGAAUCAAUUUAUUUGAUAUGUUUGAAUAAUCGUAGGAAACAAGUUUAGACAAUAAUAAUUACUUGGUAUCUUCGCAUAUAACAACGAAUUCUCAAUUUAGUAAUUCUGUGAAAAAUAAUGAUAUAAAUUAGGAUACUGAUGAUUUAAGCGAUAAAUCAAAAACAGAAAUAACAAAUGACUCAAAUUUAAUUACUGUAGAAACCAAGUCAGAUGAAGAGUUAACAAAUCUCCUUUCUGAAAUUUAAAAGAGAUAAACACUUCAAUUUUAUUCAAUGUAGGAUUUAUAAAAUAAAAUCUCAGGUUAAGAAGAUUUAACACAAGAUUCUACUUAAAAUUAAGAUUAAUUGGGAGGUAAUCGAUUACUAAAUGAAAAUGGAGAUGUUCAAUCAAAUUCUGAGACUGACUUUGAAGAAUAAGAAGGUGAAUGUCUUUCUAACAUUUUCAAUUAAAAAAGAACUCUUAAAGAAGUAUCUGUACUGAAAUAAAAAGUUGGAUUAUAAGCAGAAUUUUAAGGAGAAAUAAAAGAAGGAAAUGUUUCGGGAUAUUUGAGAUCUUGUGUUUCACUUAAUGGUGCUUGUUUAGUUGAUUUAUACAGGAGAGAUUUUUAGUAUGAAGGAAAACCCUUAAAAACCUUCGAAAUGAAAGGAAGUCAAUCAAAGAGCAUUUUUAGCACUGUCAUCUUAAUAAUGGGUUAUCCUUUAACUGUAGGAGCAGAUUAUAAUUAUAAAUGGGGUUAUAUAGAAUCUGCUAUCAAAACUGAAAGUGAUUUAGGUAUUUCUGAAUAAAUUUAUGCAUCUUUGAGUGUAACAGCCUAUGGAGAAAUGAAUAUAAUUGUAAUUAGAAUAAGAGCAGGAGUUUCAGGAGAAGUGUUCAAUGGAUCUGCUCAUGGGGUUGCAUAAUUUAGAAUUAAUUAAAUAGAUAACACAAUCAUUCCCGAUAAAUAUAUGAUAUAUUUAGAUUUUUAAAUUGAGGCUUUGAAAUUUGAUCUUUACGCCAUAUAUUAACAUCCAACAAUAAGUUGGGGAAGAAGAUGUUUCAGAAUUUUUCGAAAAAAAAUUUGCAUUUAUUAUCCAUAAUUUGGUUGGUCUAGUUGGAAAGAUGUUUAUAGAAAAGCUUUCUAGUUGGCUAAGUUAUAGGCAAGUAAAAGAAUCUUUUAACUCACAUCUAAGUGUUAUGAUUGA